CCAGCAACCACCUCGCAGCUGCGCCGCUGUCUAUUUGCGCGCUCGCGUAGCCGUUCGCGUGCAGGCAUCAGGGAACGAGCUCUUCCCUUUCCUCUCUCCGACUGUCCCCCACGCAGCAAACCCGAUCGCCGUCCUCCCCACCAAGUCACAAGAAGGCCCCGUGGCCUCGCCAGCUCCUCAGAAGAUCUCACCGAUUGCCCUGUCCCCAUUGGCAAUCUCGCAGCCUGUCGACGGCUUCCUCCUUAAUGAAUCGACAUGGCUUCCUCUGAAUCGUCUGCGCCUGCCACUGACGGCGCUGGCGAUGCUUCUGCUGCCCCUCCGGUCCAGUCGAUCUCUCGAGCCGCUACGUUGGCAACCAACAACCCAGAGCUCGAUCUUCCAAAGCUCCAGGCCCUCCCCGCAGAGCAACAAGAUCUGUUUCUCCUCAACUUCGUGUCCAGCCUCAAACAGCACGUCCUAGGCCUCGCUGCAGACGACUGCACAGCUCAACAGUUCUAUCUCAAAAAGGAGGUCUUCCAGAUCAUAAACCUGACCACACCCCCGCCCAACCGCGUCGUCCGCAACAGUCUCGGCAAGAUCCUCGCGCACAUAUUCGAAAAGGGCGACCGCAAGUUGCUGAUCGAGACGAUAAAUGACCUCGCCGGCAUCGUUGCCAACUCGAAGUCCAAGACCGAUGCCGAAACCCGCACGCGACAUGCUGCAAUUGUCUGCCUCGGCGAUGUCUACGCCGCUGCCGGUGACAGCGCCGUUAGUCUGCACCAGCUUGCUUGCGCAGCCCUGAUUAAGGUGCUCAAGUCGUCGACCAGUCAUGCUGGUUUGCGCGCGGCAGUCUUCGUUGCGCUUGCCAAGCUCGUGACCAUGAUUCAGGGCAGCAUUGACGAGAAUAUCGCGAGGGACGUCUGGAAGCAGGCUCGCAAUGCCAUGACUGGCGAGAAAGGGGCUCUGACCAUCACCUGCGCCUGUCGCUGCCUGCGGGCCCUGGCAAGAAAUACAGCCUAUUUCGAGAACUCGAGCGAUUUCGAGAACCUCAAAUCGAGCAUUUUCAAGACGAUAGACUCGGCUCAGGCGCAUGUCCGACACGCUGCAGCUGACUGCCUGGCAGAAGUCAUGGUCAAGAGCCACUCUGAGAGUGCCGCUGCGGCUGCGCCAAAGGCCAAGAAGCUCAAGUCCAAGGCCGCUAAGCGGACGUCGAAGGCCCCUGGUGCCAAUCUGGACGAUGAGGACGACUACCCUUCGCGACCAGGCACGCCCACGGGCAACAGUAGCAAGAAGGGCCAGGAUCUGAUACUGAGUCUCAACGACAUCCUCAAGACCUUAUCCACGCAGUUCGUGCGCUCGUCGACGACGAACAAGGCACGCGCGGCUCUCGGUGUCUGCUAUGGCCGAGUCCUCAAGCGGCUGGGCGAGAAAUUCGUGGAGGCGCAGUACAUGGCCGUCCUGGAGAACCUCACUUUGGAUGUGCUCGGAAACGCGAACAUUCUCAACAACAGAUACAGGCUGCUGGUCUCGAGGCGCAUUGUCGACACAAUCCUGCAGGUAGUCAUUGGACAGCGCAUUCUUGGCGAAUCGGCGCAGAUCGCGGUGGCCAAGAUCAUCAUAAGCGACGUCUUCAAGAACUACCCGCAAACCCUCAAAGAAAGACCCGAGCCAAGCAAGCAGACCUUGAUUGCCACUCUUGGCGCCGCCACAUCACUGGUCGAGUCACUCGGUUCAGCCUCAAACAACUUUGCGGAGUCCUGCCGGGAUGGGCUGCUGCAAGUGCUGCAGCACCCCAGCUACAGUGUACAGGUGUACGCCUCGAAGUGCUUGAAAUCCUUUGUCCUAGCCUGCCCACAACAGCUGUUGCCAUGCCUCUCCGUCUGCAUGAACAGCCUCGGUCGGGAGAUGGGCCUGCUCGGAGGUCCCAAGGGCUCGCCACGGAGAUGUAUCGGCUUCGCGCACGGUCUCGCUGCCACGCUUAGCGCCAGCCCGGCCCGUCCCCUCUACGGAUCGCUCGAUGUCGACAACAGAGUAUACUCGAUGGCGACAGAUCUUCUUAAGUCGAGCAGCCAGGCUGAGCUGCGCGUAUCAGCAACUCAAGUACAGGUAGCAUGGAUCCUUCUGGGUGGUCUUAUGACUCUCGGUCCGAACUUUGUCAAGAUCCACCUGUCACAGCUCCUCGUCUUGUGGAAGAACACAACACCGAAACCACUGGCCAAGGACAAUUUCGCCCACCGCAGCCUACUUGAGGUCUCGUAUCUGACCCACGUAAAAGAGUGUGCUUUGGGCUGUAUUCUGUCGUUCCUCCAGUUCAAUGCGAGACUACUCACCGUGGAUGUUUCCAAGCGCAUUGCGACAAUGCUGCAAAACACGUCGGCGUUUCUGAAGAUGCUUCCCUCUAAGAAGACUUCUGAAGAUAUCACCCAAAGACUGACGCCUGCCCUGCAACUUUUGGACUUUGAGAUGAUGACUCAACGCCGCGUUCUCCAGUGCUACACCAAACUCGUCAACCAAAGUCCUGCCGGGGGCAGCGAAGCACUGUUGCAGUCAAACUUGUUGACGCUAGCCAUUUCACUAUUCGCGGACCCUGAGAACUACGCACCAAACACACUCAGCGCGUCCAUUGCAAGCGCAGCCGGAACGUUCGAGACAGUCUGGGAUGCGAAUGACAAUUCGGGCUUUGGCGUCAAUGGCCUUGUCCGAGGUUUCAAGAUGAAGAAGCUGCCUGGACAGAAGGACGAAGCUGAAGACGCAGCUGAGGUGGAUGAGACAAACCCCGACAGAAUCAUUGAUAGCCUCAUCCAGACUCCGAUCUGCCCGACAUGGGAGAAUGACGCUGCCCUAUUGUACACCAACCACGGCGACGAGCCUACACAGCUGCCAGACCCGCCUGCCACCGAGGUCGUCAACAUGGCCAUACAGCUCUUUGCCUUCGUGUUUCCAUUGACUCCUCCGAAAGUUCAAGAGAGCAUCUUGGAACAGAUUGUGACCUUCAUUUCGGCAGGGUCGUUGCAACGUGACCCAGGACGCAAGGCAGCGAUCAGUGUCAACGUUGCAAGUGCACUGUGCUCCACGCUCAAGGUUGCUGUCAAGGAAACUCGCUCACCUGCAGGUGACAUCACCACAAUCGCUGUGGAGAAACUGCUCCAAGAGCUGGUCCGUACCUUCGUCAUCGACCCUGAUCAAUACGUUCGGCAUCUGGGAUACGAGGCGAUCGCACGUUUAUGCAAUGCUUCAGGCAAUGCUUUUACAAACCACGAGGUCAAGCAUCUCGUGGACACCAUCGUUGGUAACAGGGAGCCCACUGCACGUGCUGGUUGCGCCAUGGCUCUCGGCUGCAUUCAGGCGAAAGUUGGAGGGAUGGGCGCUGCAUAUCACCUCAAGACAAUUACCGGCAUCCUCAUGUCUUUGUGCAAUGACCCGCACCCAACCGUGCAUUACUGGGCAAUCAAGGCGCUUGGUCAUGCCGCGGGCGCUGCCGGUCUCAGCUUCGGCCCGUACGUGUCAGGCACACUUGGUAUGAUUGCACAACUAUAUCUGUCUGAAAGCCAUCACACAGAAGUGGCCUCACCGAUUUCGAUGAGCCUAGAGAUGGAGCUCUCGACUGUCGGUGCGCUUACACGCUGUGUCGACGCGAUCAUCAAUGUCGUUGGGCCUGACUUGCAAGACUCUGUCAAAUCUCGCGAACUUAUCUUGACACUUGUCAACCAGCUUCAAGAAGAAGACGACAUCAAGGUGCAGCGCGAGGCGCUGACGUGCCUUGAGCAUCUAUCCAUGUACACCCCUGGUCACAUGGUCUUCACAGACUAUGUCAGAUGCCUGCAGAACUAUCUCGACUCGGAAUACCCGUUCUUGCGAGAUGUGGCCAUUGAUGGUCUCUACAAUCUGAUGAAAAGAAACUCGUACGACGUCCUCGCCGCUGCCAAACCAGGCAUCGAAGAGCAGCUGUGGCUUAUACUUGAUGACGCCCCGCAGCAUGACGGGCUUCGCACGCUGAUCCGCAACUGGAUGAAGCAGACUGCACUUAGAGACACGGCAACAUGGCUUGCUCGUUUCCAAGGAGUCCUGAAGCUGACCAGACGCAAGCCCCAAGACGUUGUACAGCCUGUUGCAAAGCCAAGCGCCACAAUCGAUCUCCAAGAUGACGAAGUCGCCGGCUUCGCUGGAACGGCCAAAGAAGAAAAGGAUGCGCCAUCACGGUCCGAGGUUGAGCCGCUCAGGUGGCAAGUCCGGACUUUUGCCAUGGAGUGUCUGUACGACCUUUUCAUGCUGAUCAAUAAGGAUCUUGCCGUAAAUGGAGAGUCUGCCGCCCAAACCGCGCUCCAGGCCAAGAUCGCCGAUGUUGUCCGCAUGGCGUUCUCAGCAUCCACCUCUGGGGUUGUCGAGCUGCGCAUCUGGGGUCUCAAGAUUGUCGGGGCAAUCCUGAAGAUGUUCGGCAAGACGCCUGAUCCUGACUUUGACGAAGCCAUGCUUCUUGAGCAAUAUCAGGCUCAGAUUGGCUCAGCGCUGACUCCCGCAUUUGCAGCCGACUCGUCGCCUGAGCUCGCUUCCGAAGCUGUCAAUGUCUGCGCCGCUUUCAUCUCGACUGGGAUCGUGACCGACGUGGAACGCAUGGGCCGCAUCCUCAAGACACUCGUGACGGCACUUGAAAACUUCUCGUCAGAGGUGGAGAACGCGGGGAUCGGAGACCUCAAGGGUCUCAGCUCAAGUGCUCAGGUCAUGGUCAAGAUGUCCGUCUUUUCCGCGUGGGCUGAUUUGCAAGUGGCGAGUUCUGAGCAAAAGUACCUUCUCGAGGUUCUGAAGCCGCACAUUGGAACGCUUACGCCACUCUGGCUAGCCUCCCUGCGAGAAUUUGCCCGACUGCGGUUCGAGCCAGACAUCUCGAUGACCUUGGGACCCCCAUCGAUGUCAGGCAGCUUGGACUCGAUCUACUCUGCCCUCAACCGCGAGACCCUUCUCAAAUUCUACCAGGACUCCUGGCUGAAGCUCGUCGAUGCUAUUGCCAGUCUCAUUGAGCAAGAUAGCGAGUUCGUCUUUGAUGCUCUGGAUGGUAAGGAAGUCGACGCUCCUGGCACAAACGGCCAUAGCAAAGGCGCCGAUAUCAACUACCGCGACGAACCACUGGCGUUCUUCUUCGUCCUCUUCGGCAUAGCGUUCGAGGCUCUGGCAGCCAGGCCGGGCCAGUCUGACGCGCUAGCAACCCAGGAGCAGACGCUGGAGAUCCUGCAAGCGCUGAAGAAGAUCUUGCACCCCAGUGUCUCCGGCCAUGCCAUCUAUCGGCCCGCCAUCUUUUCGGAGACGAUGGACCUCCUAGACCGUCUCAUUCUGACAGAAGGGCUCGACGUGCAAAGCGUCAUUGUGGAUAUUGCCCGCGCUCUAUGCGUGGCGCAUCCAUCAGCGCGGAAGAAGGAGCAAACCGAGGAUGGUGAUCUCUCGGAGGACAUUGAGCAGCUGUUUGAGCUGACGCGCAUUAUUGUCCUUGUCCUGUCUGGCAUGCUGCCCAACCUCAGCGAGGCGGGCCAACCCGUGCGCUUCCAGCUGACGGAAGAAGCGGUGCUGCUGAUCCGCUCGGCUCUGAACGCCAUUGUUGACGCUGCGGAAGUCUUCCCGUCCAUCAUCAAGACCGACUUGCACGCCUGCAUCAUCCACAUCUUUGCCACCAUCAUGAUGACCCCAUCCUGCCAAGAUGUCAUUGUGCCUCAAGCUCUCCCAAUGUUCAAGCGCUUCAUCACAAGCAUGCUUGGAUCCCGCACCACGCAGGAAGCCCGAUCAGUCACAGAUGCGCAAGUACAAGGGUGCUUGCGUCGACUCUUGUCCAUCUACCUCAAUGCCCAGAAGCGAGAGCAACCCACGUCGUUGCAGAAUGUCAAGAACUGUCUCCUCGCCAUCACCAUCCUGUUUACGGGAGGCAACAACCGCCUCGCGGCUAACAACCCCUUGGCUCAACGAUUUCUGGAGGAGGUCCUGGACUGCUUGACGGAUCGCAUGACUGCCAAGAUCGCUGCCAAUUGUGUCAAGUCACUGCUCCUCCAGCCGUCGCCUUCACCUGCGGACCAGUCCAUCGCGCGUCACCUGCUUCCUCGCCUGGUUGCUUUCAUCACGGACACUGAUCCUGAAGAUCCAGAGCAAGCGCGGAGCUUGGUUGCGCAGACCCUGACCCAGUACGUCAGCGCUGUAGGCAAGGACCACGCGCCAAUCGUCAUGUCUGUAGUGGCGCCCGCGCUCCUGUCGCGCGCCAAUAGUGAGGGCGCGGUCGUGUACCAGGAGACCAGCGCUCGUCUGCUCGAGCUCGCUUCCGCGGACCAGCCUGGCUUCCGUGGUGUCGUGGGUAAUAUGAGCGCGGGACAGCGGGCGUUUAUGGAGGAGGUGAUCAAGUCUGGGCAGCAGACUCGCGUGGUUAAGAGUGGGCAGGCAAGCAGCCAGCCUACGAUUGCGCUGAAGAUGAACUUUGGUGGUUAGCCGACGGGUGUGCAGUUUGCUGUAGCAGGUUAGCAUAGUGGCAACCCCGGAUGCCAACGGUCAUCGACGUUAUAUUACCAUCCAUGAAUGUAAUGCUUUAUAUUGAUCAUGGCGCUUUGCAUGCAGGUACUUAUUGGCAUCAUGCAUGCUACAAUCGGGCUGGGGCUGUACGAGGGCAACUGCUCCCAAAGUGUGGGAUGCGACGACGAGGAUCUCACCGUCGCCUUGUUCUUGUUAAUCGUCAUCCCCACGGGGAAAUUAUCCAACCUUAUAUUAGGUAGUGUGUUUUCCGGCGGACUCCCGUCCUGCUGAACGCUAUCAUGAUUUUUCUCCAUCAAGUCUUCUUGUUGUUAUCUUUGUU